AGCUGUGCCCGCCAAUCUCACCCGCUCACUGCGCCGUGCAAAUGUCCAGAGAGACCUUCGUCUUCACGUCCGCCACGCUGCGCUCCCUGAGGCUUCAGCAGGAGCUGCUCGACUGGGAUCAGGAGCGCAGGGCCUUGGCGAGGCGGCACCGUGCCUGGAAGAGGGGCAUCCGUGACAGCCAGAGGAGUGACCCCCCGCCUCAGCCUGAGCCCCAGUACUGCCGAGACGCCGCGGUGCACAAUGCCCUCUUCACAGGGGACCUGCUGAAGAUAAAGUCCAUCUUUAGGGACCGAGCCAUGGUGAAUGUUAUCGUGGAGGUGGCCAGCGACGAGCUGGUGUGGUCAUCAGAGCUGGGCCUCUGGACACUGUCCCCUAAAGCGAAGCAGACGUCGGCCCUCCGCAUCACAGCGGGCAGAGGCUACACGGCCUGCACCAAGCAGCUCCUGACAGAGGGGGCAAAUGUGAGUGCCAGUCCCGGGGGGCAGUGUGCCCUGCACGACGCCACUGCCGGAGGCCACGCCGACUGCGUCCAGCUGCUGCUCACCUAUGGUGCAGACCCCGAUGUGCUCUCCGACGACGGCCGGGCUCCCUUACACCUCUGCAGCACCCUGGAGACCUACCAGUGUGCCCGGCUGCUUCUGGAGCAUGGCGCAAAGGUCAAUGUGCCCACCAAAGACACCCAGGCCACACCCUUGCACGUGGCGGCCACCCAUGGCCUGGAAGAGCACGUCAAGCUGUACCUGCACUGUGGCGCCAACGUGUCCAUCCGCAACCGAGAAGGAGAAACGCCACUCAACGUCGCCUGUGCCUCGGCCGAGAAGUCGGACGAUAGCGGCCGCUACUAUCGGGUGGUCCGCAAGCUCCUGGAAAAUGGGGCAGAUGCCAAGGUGGCGGGCAGGAAGAAGCAUAGCCCCCUGCACAACGCCUGUGCCAACUGCAACUUCAGGAUUGUUGAGCUGCUCCUGGCGUACGGCGCUCCGGUCAACGACACCAACUACGCUGGGCACACUCCACUAGACUGUGCGCUGCAGACGCUAGACGAUUAUGCCACCUGCUGGCCGGAGGGCAUCGUGCGGACCCUGCUCAAUCACGGAGCCUUUCCUCCACGGCCCCAGGCACUCAGGCUGUGUGUCUGCUCGCCGGCCACUAUGGAGGUCGUACUCAACUGCUACCAGAGCGUGCCCAACGUCGAGUCCUGGAUGGACCUAGUGCCCGCACCCCUGUGGCAGGAACACCACACGUUCUACAGCUCCGUUCUGCGGAUGGUCGUUCAACCUCGGCGCCUGCAGCACCUGGCACGCUGUGCUCUGCGCCAUCACCUGGGAUCUCUGUGCCAUCACACUCUACCCCGCCUGGGACUGCCACCCUCCCUUUUGAACUUUGUGCUGCUGAAGAACGAGGGCCGCAUCGAGUGAGGGAAGCCCCCCUGGACAGACAGCUGGGAGGGAAGGCAAAAUAUGACAGAGAGCUACUGCACCUGCCUGGCAUUCACUCGUCUGACCAGUAAACUCCUCCAAUAAAUUGAUGAACCCACCAGUU